GACGAAAUUAUCCUAAUAGAUUUAAAGUAAAACUUUCCAUCAACGUAUUAUGAUGUAUUUCAAAUUAUCUUAACUAUUUCUAAAAAAAAGUUUCGGAUUUUGGACGGUUUCUCCAAUUCCGGCAUUUUGAAAUCUGCAAAUCAGAUUCUUUAUAUUCUCUAAUGCAAAUCAUGUGAUUAAUUAAGUGUUAAUUUUGAUUUUUGAUUAUCUGUUAUCAAAUCUUUUUUGUUCGCGUAAUGUCGACAGAUAAGCUUUAUGUUUUGGUUGUUGGUUCCGGAGGUCGCGAACAUGCUAUUGCUUGGAAUUUAUCUCGUUCUUCUCGGGUAGAACGAAUUUAUGUAGCGCCAGGAAAUGGAGGCACAGAAAGUGGUAUUGACAAAGUAUCUAAUAUCAACAUUGGCGUUAGCGACUUUUUUUCCCUGACAAAAUUUGCGCAGGAAAAUAACAUCAAUUUGGUUAUACCAGGUCCUGAACAACCACUUGUUGAUGGCAUCGAGUCAGCCUUUAAGAAGAUUGGAAUUCCAUGUUUUGGACCUUCAUCUAAGGCUGCUAUGAUGGAAGGAUCGAAGACAUUUGCAAAGGAUUUUAUGAAAAGACAUCAAAUUCCAACGGCAACUUAUGAGAAUUUUUCAGAUUACGGAAAGGCAAAGGCUUAUUUGGAAUCAGUAUCUCAUAAAGUUGUCUUAAAGGCUUCGGGUCUUGCUGGUGGUAAGGGAGUCCUAAUUCCUGCCGAUAAACAAGAAGCAUUGUUUGCAUUGAAAGAAAUAAUGGUUGAUAAAGUAUUUGGAUCAGCGGGUAAUGAAGUAGUUAUUGAGGAAUUUCUUGAAGGUCAAGAAUUAAGUAUAUUAGCAUUCUCGGAUGGUUAUACAAUUGUCCCUCUUCCUCCUGCUCAGGAUCAUAAACGUAUUUUUGAUGGUGAUCAAGGGCCAAAUACUGGUGGAAUGGGAUGUUAUUGUCCAACUCCUAUCGCUAUUCCUGAACUUAUUGCUCAAAUUAAAAAUGAGAUCCUACAGCCUACUAUAGAUGGCAUGCGACGUGAUGGUUUCCCAUUUGUUGGUAUGCUUUUUACUGGGCUCAUGAUAACAAGUUCCGGGCCUAAAGUGUUGGAAUAUAACGUACGAUUUGGAGAUCCAGAGACUGAAGUUGUCUUACCACUUUUAAGUGAUAAAUCGGAUUUGGCAGAAAUUAUAUUGGCUUGUGUUGAGAGACGAUUAGACUCAGUAAAUAUUGAAAUUAAGCCGGGUUUUGCGGCUACUGUAGUUAUUGCCUCUGACGGAUAUCCCGGAAGUUAUCUCAAAGGAAAAGAAAUUACUUUUAAUGAUAAUUCAUCAUUUAAUUAUUCAGAUACGAUAAUUUUUCAUGCUGGUACGAGCAUUAAAGAAGGGAAACUUGUCACAUCUGGUGGUCGCGUACUUGCAGUGACGGGUGUGGCGUCUACAUUAAGAAAUGCUGUUGAUAAAGCAUAUGAAUGUGUAAAGUCUAUCAGUUUUGAUAAAAUGUAUUUUAGAAAAGAUAUCGCUCACCGUGCCUUUGCGUAUUUAUCCCAGCAACCUGCCAAGGAUAAUGUAAUGACGUACGCGUCUGCCGGCGUUUCUAUUGAUUCUGGCAAUCUUCUUGUUAAAAAUAUCAAAUCAUAUGUGAAAAGUACUCAACGUCCAGGUUCUGAUUGUGAAAUAGGAGGCUUCGGUGGAUUGUUUGAUUUGAAAGCCGCUGGAUUUAAUGACCCAAUUUUGGUAUCUACUACCGAUGGGGUGGGAACUAAGUUAAAAAUAGCUCAGGCAAUGAAUUUACAUGAUACUAUCGGCAUUGAUCUUGUCGCUAUGAACGUAAAUGAUCUUAUCGUGCAGGGCGCGGAACCAUUACUUUUCCUUGAUUAUUAUGCAUGCGGUAAAUUAGAAGUUGAGGUCGCACAAAAUGUAGUGAAAGGAAUUGCUGAUGGGUGUCUUGAAUCUGGAUGUGCUUUAAUUGGUGGCGAAACUUCAGAGAUGCCCGGUGUAUAUAAUAAUGGCGAAUAUGAUUUGGCAGGAUUUGCAACGGGAGCGGUAGAACGUAAAAAUGUCCUUCCGCGCAUAUCUGAUAUAAAAGUCGAUGAUGUUUUAAUAGGAAUCACAUCAUCCGGUUUACAUUCCAACGGAUUUUCGUUAGUCCGUAAAAUCAUCAAUAAGUACAACCUUGAAUAUAAAUCACCAUGUCCAUGGGAUUCAACAAUUUCAUUAGGUGAAAGCCUUCUCACACCAACAAAAAUUUAUGUUAAACAAUUGCUACCUGUUGUCAAGGAGGGACUUGUAAAAGCAAUGGCACAUAUUACGGGUGGAGGGUUUAUAGAUAAUAUACCGAGAAUUUUGCCUAAAGAUCUUGGAGUUUCCAUAGAUUCAAACGUUUGGGAAUUACCAAAAGUAUUUAAAUGGUUGAAAGAAAAUGGAAAUAUACCUUCAGAUGAAUUGUUUCGAACAUUUAAUUGUGGAAUUGGAAUGGUGUUAGUAGUUUCAUCUGAUAAUGAAAUAAGAGUUAAAAAAUUACUUCAACAAUACGAAUCGAAUGUUUAUACAAUUGGACGGGUUGUAACGAAGCAAACAAAUAAUGAUAAACACGUUGUAAUUAAAGGGAUUUAACAAAUAAUUUUGAUUUAAAUUUUAAUGACUAUAAAACUAUAUGUGAUUAUAAUGUGAUAUAAUAAAAUAUAUAAGACACGGAAGAAAAAUUAUUAAUGUAUUUUCCAAGUUAUAUUUACAAAUAUAAUAUUAUGCAAUUAAAUUUUAUUUAUUUUUUUUUUUUUAUGAUUAGCUAUUAAUGAAAAUAUUUUUUUUUUU